AUGGCGCUGAUCGCAACAAACGUGUACACAAAAGCAACUGGAACCAUGCAACCUACCAAUAGACCAAAUAUAUCUAUUGGAAUGCUGGAGAUCAUCUGUUGGGCUGCCGCCGCCACAACCGCCGCGGCACUAUUAGUUUGCGGAGCCACUUCUUGCGCUUCUCGCGCAAGCUUUGGUGCAUUACAUACAUCCACUAUUGCAAACGCAUUAUCAAUCCAGUGGCAAGGCGGCAAUCACGUGGAACCAACAUUUAUUCACGGAAACGUAACCAUACUAGCGCGGACGGAUCGGUACGUGGUAGUGGCAAAGCCUCCCACUGUGGUAUGCCACCAUUCGGAGUGGACGGGUUCCCGUUCCGAUCCUUUCCAGAUCCCCAUGCUCCAGCGCACACGGGAAGCAAUGGGUGGCAAUUGCGUCAAUCUCGUGCACCGACUCAAUUGGGGUUGUAGUGGCUGUUUGCUCCUGACCUACGCCGCGGAUACCGCUGAUGCUGAAAUCUACAUACCGAACACCACGGCAACUCUGAUAGCUUCCAUGAAAGAGACUGCGAGUUUAAAGACAUAUUUGGCUUUAGUGCGAGGCGAAGGUUUACUACAAGGACGGGAUUUCAAACAGGAGGGUUGGUUCAAGGUAGAUCGACCAAUCAAAAACGAAAAGGGUAUUUUAAACAAUGCUACAACUUGGUUCCGCUUCGUGGCGGGCCAAGAUAACGAUAGUGGUAGAAUCAAUCAGCCACGGGCGUCGCUUGUGCUCGCAAGACCAGAAACGGGACGGUGGCACCAAAUUCGCCGACACUUGAACGGUCUGUCUCAUCCUAUUUUGGGCGACACUUCGCACGGCAACAGUCAUGUCAAUCGAGAGUGGCGAGAUCUCCGGGGCAUGCCUGCCCAGCGGACUUGCCUGCAUCUUGCUCGUUUGCAGCUUGGACCAAAUUAA